CCUCUUCUGCGCAGGCGCUAUCCACCUGCUCUCCUGGGACCAUCACCGGAGCGCAGGUGUCUCGCCCGCAGGAAGGAGCGUGCUGUGCUGCAACGGUGGGACACCCAGGACCAGCCCAUCCUCCUCUCCUCUGAAGUGGGCCCCCAGUGCCCUACAGCAGCCACCCACGCUUUCUAGAAGCAGCAGUCCAGCUUUGCCCCAUCACAGCUCUGGGCCCUGCACCCCACCCGCCCGUCCGCCUCUGGCCGGGCUUGACGGGGCCGGGCAGACCUUUCCUCUCGCAAGCACACGACAGACAACGAAAAACGGCUGCAGCUGGAAUCCAGGCUAAUUGAUACAAUCAGUUCUGUAAUUGCCUCGAAAAUAAGGUACAUCGGGGCUCUAGGCGCUCGAGUGAUCUGUGACAAUAUCCCUGGCCUGGUGAGCCGGCAACGGCAGCUGUGCCAGCGCUAUCCAGACAUCAUGCGCUCGGUGGGCGAAGGUGCCCGGGAAUGGAUCCGAGAGUGCCAGCACCAGUUCCGCCACCAUCGCUGGAACUGCACCACACUGGACCGGGACCACACUGUCUUUGGUCGUGUCAUGCUCAGAAGUAGCCGAGAGGCAGCAUUUGUAUAUGCCAUCUCAUCGGCAGGAGUGGUCCAUGCCAUCACUCGAGCCUGUAGCCAGGGUGAACUGAGUGUGUGCAGCUGUGACCCCUACACACGUGGCCGACACCACGACCAGCGUGGGGACUUUGACUGGGGUGGCUGCAGUGACAACAUCCACUAUGGAGUCCGCUUUGCCAAGGCCUUCGUGGAUGCCAAGGAGAAGAGGCUUAAGGAUGCCCGGGCUCUCAUGAAUUUACAUAAUAACCGCUGUGGCCGCACGGCUGUGCGUCGGUUUCUGAAGCUGGAAUGCAAGUGCCACGGCGUGAGCGGUUCCUGUACUCUGCGCACCUGCUGGCGUGCACUCUCAGACUUCCGUCGCACGGGGGAUUACUUGAGGCGGCGCUAUGAUGGGGCCGUGCAGGUGACAGCCACCCAGGAUGGUGCCAACUUCACAGCUGCCCGGCAAGGCUAUCGCCGUGCCACCCGGACUGAUCUUGUCUACUUUGACAACUCCCCUGACUACUGUGUCUUGGACAAGGCUGCAGGUUCCCUAGGCACUGCUGGCCGCGUCUGCAGCAAAACAUCUAAAGGAACGGAUGGUUGCGAAAUCAUGUGCUGUGGCCGAGGGUACGACACAACUCGAGUCACCCGUGUCACCCAGUGUGAGUGCAAAUUCCACUGGUGCUGUGCUGUGCGAUGCAAGGAAUGCAGAAAUACUGUGGACGUCCAUACCUGCAAGGCUCCCAAGAAGGCAGAGUGGGUAGACCAGACCUGAACACAGAUACCUCACUCUCCUCUCCGUAUCAAGUCUCCCGACUCAAAAGCACAAGAUCUUUGCAUGCACACCUUCCUCCACCCUCAACCCUGGGCUGCUACAGCUUCUAUUUAACGAUUUGGAGAGUAAUCCAGCAGGACCAUGGUGUCCCAGCUGGUUCUUUAGCCCUGGGAAGGAGUUGUU